AUGAACAACCUAGCGUCCUUAAAGUGCUGUACUAUUAGCAGUGCAUUCAUUACCUGCAUAGACAAUACUGGAGGCAUUAUCGGUAGCUACAUGUAUCUUGAUAAGGAGGCCCCGAUCUAUCUUACUGGCUUUGGGCUGUUGUUGGCUUUUGGUGAAUCAGCCCUUCUUGUAGCUACUCUUUUCGAGUUAUUCUUUAUGUAUGGCAACAAGCGCAAUGCUAACUUGACCGAGACGGGUAUCCGGGAGAAGUACACCGACGAGCAGUUGCUAGCCAUGGGAGGCAGGUCCCCGCUCUUCAACUGCACGCUUUGA